AUGGGUGCCUCAACAAACUUCCCAUCAUUCCUGCUCCUUCUAUGGUUCCUCAUCAAUAGCUGUCUUGGGCAGAAUGACCCGGUCAAGAACUUCUGUCGGAGAUGGGGCCAUCAAUCAGCCGUCGUGGAUCGGAAGCUUUACAUCGACGGCGGGCUGAUCAACUACGAGGAUGCGACGAACAACCUGACCAGUCAGUAUCAUCGCCUGGACUCUCAGACUCACGUUAACAACAUUGCAGACACCUUUCUCUCUUUCAAUGAUCUCGACGCUGUAAACAGUGGUGGAAUGCCCCCAUUCUACGCCAACCUCUCGAAGAACGCCACGAUCCCGAGCGUCAACGGCGGCAUUCUCUGGGAAGACUCUAUCAACAAGAGACUUUACCUUUACGGCGGCGAAUACUAUAGCACAACUCCACAAUCAUUCGAUCUCUACAGCUACGAUAUUCUGUACAACAAAUGGGAUUCAUAUGGAUCUCCCCCAGAUGAGGUUCAAGCGGCUAGCUAUGGAGCUGGUGUCUCGAUCUCGUCAAGGGGAGAGGCUUAUUAUUAUGGAGGAUGGCUUAGCAAUGCAUCUAUUAAGGGCUGGUCUGGGCCGCCGAGAGCUUCCAAUGGACUCAUCAAGUACGAGAUGGACUCUAAUACUUGGAGUAACAUCACUGGACCAGAUGACACAGGUCGGGCAGAGGGGGCCAUGGUGUUCCUCCCAGUUGGAGACGGCGGGAUGUUGGUGUACUUUGGAGGUGCUCAAGACCUGUACGGCAAUGGAACCUUGACACCUCAGCCUUUGGACGAGAUCUUUCUCUUUGAUGUUGCGAAUGCGAAAUGGUAUACUCAAAAGACAUCGGGCAACACCCCCAACAACAGACGUCGUUUCUGCGGCGGCGCAACCUGGGCAAAAGAUCAUUCAAGCUACAAUAUUUACAUCUACGGCGGCGGAGGUUUCCCGGACUCAGCGGGCUACGACGAUAUCUACAUCCUCACCAUCCCAAGCUUCCAAUGGAUCAGAGGCCCGUACCCAACCUACAAAAACGGCACCGGAGCCUUCCCUAAAAGCAUGAUGAGCUGCAACGUGAUUGACGACGCACAAAUGCUUGUUAUCGGCGGAACCUACUCCAACGCCACGGACAAGGUCUGCGAUGUACCCGCCAUUCAGGGUGCACACAACAUGAACCUGGGCAAACAGAACAAGGAGGAUGCAAUUUGGGCGCUAUACCAGCCCAAGCUGACCACGUACGUUGUGCCCGUUGACAUCCGCACGGCUGUGGGCGGUAGCUCUGCUGGUGGCGCGACGGAAACAACGCCAGUCAGCGGCUUUGACGCUCCAGACUUGGCCGUGCAGAUGGAACGCACUGCGGCGUCCGGGACGAGAACGGCAACGAGAGCGACUGCGACGGGCACCAAGAAGACAGCGCCGCCAGCUCAGACGAGCAACCCGCCGUCGUCGGGACUCAGCACUGGAGCAAUAGCGGGAAUUGCCGUCGGGUGCAGUGUGGUCUUUAUUCUCGCGCUGGCAGGAUGCGUUGUCUUGAUCUACCGCAGACGGAAGUACCACGGCCAAGGACGUGUUGUGGCGGCGCCACCACCGCGCAAUGAUAUGACAAUGGCUGGGACGGCUGGGACGGCUGGUUGGGCGUCCCCUGUAGCUCCGUCUUAUAACGGAGGACAGGUGUGGCCUGCACAUCCCCCUUCCGAACUGACGAGUGAGCAUCGCUCGCCCGACAUGCAUCAGAGAAUGAGUCCCAAGAAUGAUUUUCAGGUCACUGCUGGCGGUGGGGGAGUUCCGCCUGUUGAAUUGGCCGGUGAGGGGAAUAUGCAUGACUAUCACGAUGGGCUGUCACCAAUGUCUGGGACUUCACCACAUAAUGAGUGGGCGAACCGAUACUAA